AUGGCACGUACUGAUCUCCGCCGCGGCCUGAACCACGGGCACCCCACGACGCCGAUCGAGAAGACGGUGAAGCCCUCGCAGCGCAAGGGCAUCCAGAGCCAGAAGACAAAGUUCGUGCGCUCGGUCGUCAGGGAGGUCGUCGGCUUUUCGCCGUACGAGCGCAGGGUCAUGGAGCUGCUCAGGAACUCCAAGGACAAGAAGGCGCGCAAGCUGACGAAGAAGCGUCUCGGCACGCUCCUCCGCUCCAAGCGCAAGCUCGAGGAGCUCAGCAGCAUCAUCCAGGAGAGCCGUCGCGCCCACUAA